UCCCCGUAGCUCUUAUAAAUUACAUCAAAUUGGUUAUCCUUUCCACAUCCUUCUCCUUGAAAAAGAAGCUGUAACUGCAUUUUUAGCCGUAAUGUCAGGACGCGGAAAACAGGGAGGCAAAGCUCGCGCCAAGGCCAAGUCGCGCUCGUCCCGCGCUGGCCUUCAGUUCCCGGUGGGGCGAGUGCACCGCUUGCUGCGCAAAGGCAACUACGCCGAGCGGGUGGGGGCCGGCGCGCCGGUGUACUUGGCGGCUGUGAUCGAAUACCUGACGGCGGAAAUUCUGGAGCUGGCGGGGAACGCGGCCCGAGACAACAAGAAGACGCGCAUCAUCCCUCGACAUCUGCAACUAGCCGUGAGGAAUGACGAAGAGCUCAACAAGUUACUUGGGGGUGUCACCAUUGCCCAGGGCGGCGUCUUGCCCAAUAUCCAGGCUGUCCUGUUGCCUAAGAAAACGGAGAGUCACAAGCCUGGCAAGAACAAGUAAUAAUUAGGAGGCUUGACACCAUACCCAUUCCCCCCAAAGGCUCUUUUAAGAG